AUCGGAUAUAUAAAUAAGACAUUCGGCUCGAUCAAAAUUCAAUCAUUCAUUGGAGUUCUUCAGUUUUGUUUGAUCCAAAAAAAUAACCACAUAAAAUAUGUAUAAAAAAGUCUGUAUAGCAGUCACUUUAAUGGCUGUUGCCGUUAACGCCUAUGGUGGCGGUGGUGGAUACAGUAUGGGAGGCGGCGGUGGCGGUUAUGGAGGCGGCCGCGGUGGCGGUGGAGGUUAUGGAGGUGGCGGUGGAGGAUAUGGAGGUGGUGGCGGUGGCGGCUAUGGUGGUGGUGGCCAAUCAGCUUCAUUGGCCGUUUACAGUAACCACAAUGUCAAUUUCCGACCAGUUUCCAGCCGUAACUACAAUAAACCAACCAAUGUCUAUGUUGAUGGCACAAGUGCUCCAGUCAAUUUCGUUUUCCGAUCCUCAUCCGGUCCAGUGUACGUUCAACAACAACAUCAAUCAAGUGGUGGUUCAUUCUCUGAAAACACAUCGCAAGAUGCCCCACAUCGAUUGGUUCAAACCGUUAAUAAACCAAUCAUCCAAGAAGUUCGAGAAAUCAUCAGUCCAAUGAGAAUUAUUCGACAAGAAAUUCAACCAGUCCAAGAAAAUGUUCAAACUUUGAUUUCUCGUGAUGAUGGAGCUGGUGGUGGUGCCGGCGGUGGUGGUGGUGGUGGUAUGGGAGGUGGUAUGGGCGGCGGCAUGGGUGGUGGUAUGGGUGGCGGCAUGGGUGGUGGUAUGGGUGGUGGUUGUGGUGGUAUGGGAUGCGGUGGUGGUGGCGGCGGUGGCAGUGUCAGCUACAGUGGUCCAUACGGUGGUGGCGGUGGUGGUGGAGGAGGAGGUUAUGGCGGUGGCCGACGUGGUGGUUACUAAGAAAAACUGCCUUAAAUUUAUUUAUUUUUCCAAAAUAACACCGGAAACCAUCCCAAACCUCAAAAUAGACUAGAUAGUGUGAAACCCGAAUACCAUUAACACCGAAAAUAUCAUCACUAAAUCA